AUGAAUCAACUACCACUGGUCCUGGCGCCAGUAGCCACCCCAGUGAAGCCAACAUACGUAUCAGACCAACAACAAAGACUACUCGACGCAUUCGGCACUGAUAACGACUACUUUGCAGUGGCCGACGUCUUGCUCGAGAUCGAAGCUGAAGUAGCACCCAAGACAAACGUCGCUGAUCACGACGGAUGUGGACCGGCCACCGACAAAUACGAGUUUUUCCUCACGGCCCUCGACAUCUCCCUCAAAAUUCAAGGCGACAGAAAUGAUCCAGCUGAGGUACAGGCUUUCACGACGGGACGUGCAGCUUUCGAAGUAGAAUGUUCAACGCUCCACGGAAAAAAGCGUAUACGAAAAGCUGUCAAUGCAAUGUAUGGAGGGCAAGGCAGCACGCGGACAUUCUUUCACUCCGAGCUCGACCUGGAAAAGUUACGUGAGAAAGUCCUCGCGUUCACGAUAUUCCACCGCAACGUCGUACUUCCUGCAGCGAUCGCGGCAGGGGUAUCUCACAUUUCCUUGCCUGGAGAAUGCGGUCUUGCGAUCAAAGGAUACAGCAGGUGCUACGAUCAUUUCAAAAUGGUCGAUAGCCCUCUGCUAUUCCAGCUGAUACAGCUUAUCUUCAAAACGGUUUUUCCCAAGCGUGGAUUUAAGCUGUUCCAAGUCUACCUUUUCGACGUCCUGGGCGAGAACGCUGCGGAAGUUGGCGAGAGUAUCGGUACGUUGUUCACCAACGCUUACUCUACUACUGGUGGGACAAACGUGGAGCAAGCCGGAAUUUCACAAAGCAACUUUCAAGGCAUGACGGUGAAGGUCUGGAAGAGUGUAAUGCUCGAGGUCGCUAAAUCGCCAUGGAGGCCAUUGGAGCAGAUCGAGCGGAACAUUACCAAAAUGAAGGAUCUUUAUCGGAGUCGUGCCAAACGCGAGGCCAUGGACGAACAGAACCUGCGCUACCGCGAAAGAUUGAACCAAGAACGGGACCGUUUGGGCAACGCAGUGUACAAUGCGGAGCUCACAAUUUCAUCAUUGGAAUCUGCGCUCGCAGGUAUCCAGCAGAGUUUGCAGUACCAUACUGAACAGCGAAACUUGAGCAAGGAAGAAGAAGUGGAAAUUGAACGUUCAUACGAGUCUCUGGACACGUUGAAGCUCACAGUGGCGGUUGCGCGCGCGACCGCCGUUCCUCCCACCGGAACGCAGCCAGAUCAUACGAUCGAGACGUCCCAGCUCACGGAAGACGAACUGGAAGCAAAGCUAGUCACCGAUGCAAGUGAGGCCAUACUAGACGCUUUCCACGCCGGUUUCUUCGGUCCUGCAGAGGAAGUCGACAGAGACGGCUGCACUCAGGACGUCAAAGUCGGCCCGAGCUCUUCGGACACGGAAAGCAUUCAAGACACGACGGAGACUGCAGAAGCCGGGACGGAUAUGAUGGACUUCACCAUGGGCGAGGAAGCCUCACGUCUGUGGACCCAAGGACUUGCUGAUACAUUACCCGAGGGUCGUCCAGACAGCAACCUAGAGGCUACUCAGGUCCACCGAGAUGCGACGACCGAAGAGCCCGAAGAUGAAGAGGAUCACAGCAAUCUGGACGGCAAGUCCCAAGAUUCCGAACAGCGAUUUCGAGAUGAAAUGGAAGCUGAGUUUGCCGAGUAUACCGGAAAUGCUCAUAGCUACCAACCUUGCGAAACGCAACAGGCAUUGGGCACUUCACGCACCCACUUCAUGCAAGGUUACGGCGAAUUUGAGAUAUCUCACACUCCUCCGCCGGUUCGGCCUCUUCGAUUUACCACAGAUCAAUACCUGCGCCAGAUCGAUAUUGCCAUCCCAACACUUUCCUUUUCCAUGGCAGACUACGUGUCUGAUUUCGAGGCCGCGGGUUUCACUCCGGCGAUCAUUCCCAGAUGGGAUUACGAUGCAUGGCUCAUCCAGUUCACGGAACCCUCCCAUUCAAAUUGUCGAUCUUCACUUCACGUCGUCCACCUACAAGCACUAACACGGACAAACAUGUAUUCGGAACCGCUGAGAAUCAUCAUAUAUCACCUUGAUGGUACCGAUCACUCGACCGAGCUGCGUCGUGACCCCCGACCACGCGAGAAUGGAACUCUGGACAUGGCGGAGGAGACUGGCGAGUACAACGGGAAGAGGAAGGGAUUGAAGAGCGACUUCGAAUCUCAAAUCGAUCACCUGCAUCACGGCCGUUUCCUGCUCUCGAUCACCUGCAGCACGCCCAUCUCCUACUCACGUCGGCGUCAUCAUCCGCCCAUUGCGCCGCGCCUCAAAUUGGGAUUCAGCGAAGCCAUCCGACUCAUGUCUGACGGGUUGAUCUGGAGAGUGCAUCUUUUCGCUCCUUGCCAUGCAUUUGGAUGUGCUGAUGGCGCUGUGCUCGCGAGAGGCCAAACCGCAGUUGCUCUGUCAUAUGAGUCACCGGAUAUUGAGGAUGUCAUGGCUACGGCAUGUAUCUCAUCAAGGAUACCCGAGGGAUGUUCGGUUCAGAAGUCCGCAAUUGAUCUCUUCGAGUCUGCUCCCGAUCGUUCUUCCGUGCUAGUGCCACAAUUCCGCGGCUACCGGCGGAAGGAGAAUAUCGACCGGCUAAGUCGUGAGGAGUCGCUCGAAACAAAACCCGAGCCAGGAGCAGACCACUGUCGAAUGAUCUGCAACGAGCUGUGGUCUGGAGAGACGCCGCCUACGUGCCUCUUGUCGCUCCUUGCUUUUAACGUGGAGUUCUCCGACGACAGCAAGACCUGCAUCAACAAAAAGCUCACCAACGACAAGACUCUCCAGAUCCGGCACCAAGCCAUCGAAGUUCUCCUCUUUCCCGUCAUUCUGAUGUCGACCAGCACAACUGCCUUGAUCAGCUUCUUGCGCCUCGUACCUUGCGAACUCGUCGAACUCAUCCAACACGUCCGCCUCAGCGUGCCACAAGUGGACGAAGCCUCGCGGCAAAUCAGCGGAACCUUCUGGGAUGACAUCGAACGGAAUCGGAUUCAUGCAGGCGAGCAGCUGAAGAUCUCGUUAAAUGAGACUCUAACAAUCCGCAAGCACAAGACCUCCAUCGUUCUCACUCGCUGCUUGAGCCAGUCCAGAUACGCUGACCUUGAGAUCAGCGCCCACGACAAGGUCCUUCUGCUCCCUCGCCUGGCCGUCUGCAGCGCCGCCUUCCACGUGCCACUCACAACCGUCACCCACAACCUUCCCUCACGACCUUCACCGCAGUCCUCCACCACAAGCCACUUCACCACAGGCCUGCUCGCCACGCUCUCCUUCAACACGUUCUCCAACAUCCUUCACCGACAAGCCGUUUUGCGCGGUCACUCUUACCAUGGCGACAAAGUCCUAUGUUUCGAUCGAAUACAACCAAGAAGAAAUCAAAACAAACGUGAGCUCAAAAGCACUCCCGAAGAGUUGAGGGUUAUCGGACAUACUUGGAGCACGGGCAAUGUAACCCUCCAAUCCAUCCCCUGUCGCGAGGCAGAAGCAGCGAUGAACGCAGUGUGUUUGGCCAACUCCAGAACUGACGUCGUCGAGGAGGACCACACGUUCGCCACAGAAUGA